CUCGAGGCCGCCGCUAGCACGGAGCGACUCGCCCGACCCCCGGUCCCCCAGUCUGCAGCAACCCGACCCGGCCACCGGCAGCAGCCCCACCCGGCCCCCGGCAGCCAGCUCGGCCCUCUGUGGUAGUCGGAGCUCCCCCGCUGUCUCCCCUCGGCUUCCAUUCAACCGUGUCCUGCUUGUAGAGUCCUCACCAUGGCGGCGAGCGCGAAGAGAAAGCAGGAGGAGAAACACCUGAAGAUGCUGCGGGAGAUGACGAGCUUGCCCCCCAACAGGAAGUGCUUCGACUGCGACCAGCGCGGCCCGACCUACGCCAACAUGACGGUGGGCUCCUUCGUGUGCACCUCCUGCUCCGGCAUCCUACGAGGACUGAAUCCACCCCACAGAGUCAAGUCCAUCUCCAUGACAACCUUCACGCAACAGGAAAUCGAGUUCCUACAGAAACAUGGGAAUGAGGUAUGUAAACAAAUCUGGCUCGGCCUUUUUGAUGACAGAAUCUCCUCAGUACCAGACUUCAGAGAACCACCGAAAGUCAAGGAGUUCCUUCAAGACAAAUACGAGAAGAAGCGAUGGUACGUAUCUGCUGAACAAGCCAAAGUAGUGGCAUCAGUCCAUGCUUCCAUCUCUGGCUCGUCAAACAGCAGCACCAGCAGCACCCCGGAGGUUAGACCACUCAAGUCCCUGCUUGGGGAGUCUGCCCCCUCCCUACACCUCAACAAGAACACCCCACCAAAUCAGUCUCCAGUGGUGAGCCGUGGACAAAUCCAUCAGCAGCAGUUCCAUGAAAAGAAGUUUGACCUCCUCAGUGACUUGGGUGGAGACAUCUUCGCUGCCCCGCCUAACAUGAACGCAGGAGCCAGCUCCAGUUUUGCUAACUUUGCACAUUUCAACAGCCACACAACAGCACAAAAUGCCAACGCAAAUGCCGACUUUGCAAAUUUUGAUGCAUUUGGGAGCACUUCUGCAACUUCAGGUGGUUUCCCCUCCGCACCCCAAGCCCCAUUCCAACCCUCAAAUACAGGUAGUGCCUCAGGGGGACUAGCAAAUGCCAAUUUUGCUAAAUUUGACAACUUCCACAAUUCGUGUAGUGCUGACUUUGGAGCCUUCAGUUCCUCUUCCCAGAGUAACUCAACAGGAGCUGGCAAAGAUGCUGUACAGAGUACUAGCAUCCCUGCUGAUAGAUACGCUGUCCUGGCUGACCUGGAUAACGUGUUUAGCUCUGCCAAAACAGAGCAAGGGGGUAUUCCAGCAGUGGCAAGCUCAGCCACAGCAGCUGGAGUGGGUGGUUUUCCUCAGAAGCAGCCAGCGGUGCCAACAGGGGGGGAUCGCUAUGCUGCUCUCGCUGAGCUUGAUACCGUCUUCGGUUGCCCAGCCCCUACCACCAGUGUUUACAACACCACCACUGCACAUGGGAGUGUGUUUGGCUCAGAGACUGGGGUGUCAACAGCACAAGCACAGCAGGCUCUGCCUGGCAUGGCUCACGGUUUCGGCGGACCUCCCUCAACUAAUCCGUUCGUGGCUCCUGGAGUGGCCCCUGCUGGACCACCCUCCAAUCCGUUCCAGAGCAACGGCAGAGUGGCUCAUGUGGCAGCAGCAGCAGCAUCAUUCGGCACAGGCUCCAUGAGUAUGCCUUCUGGAUUUGGGAAUAAUGCUGGCUUCAACCUUCCAACCAGCUUUAGUGGAACUUUCCAGCAACAAUUUCCUGGGCAGGCUCCCUUCCCUCAGCCUCCUGCAUAUCCCCAACAACCCAACGGUGGAGGAUAUCCAGCCUAUGGCCAGGCCAAGCCUGUGGUGACUCCUUUCGGCCAGGCAAUGGCUGGACCUAUGCUCUCGAGCAACCCUUUCCUGGGUGCGGCUCCACCUGCACGGUAUCCAACAGGAGGCUCCUCUACAAAUCCCUUCUUAUAGCGAUCCAUUCAAUCAGCUGCACUACAGGGUCAACAACUGGCGCGCUUGCACCUAUUGCACUGUUUUGUUUCACAAGUAGCUUUAAAAACACAAUGUUUGUAAGGAUUUGUAUUUUCUAUCGCAGUUUGUCCCUGAUGGAAUGAAACGACAGACAGUAGUGCCGCCGCCGUCUGCGGCUACAACACAAAGUGAUGGUGUGUGCAGAGGGAGAGGUUGAUCCCCUCGUCUCUAUUUAACCUGUGAACUGGCCUGGCCUCCACUGAGCCACAAUGUAUAAUCAAACUGGCUGAAAAACUAAGUUAUUGCAUUCAAUAUAUUCCAUUUGUUAUGCUGCAUUUCUGUACAUAUUGUUUUCUUUUAAGAAAUUAGCUCUUUUUGCAUAUCAGUAUUUGUAUCUAACUUGUGAAGACGGAGCUGUUGCUUGGAAAGGCUGAUGGGUACUGCCGGUUACUGCCGGUUACCGUCAUUUGUAAAGAGCCUGUCUAUUUGGGCAGGAUCCUUUUUAAGGUAAACUGUUCUCACUUAAGAAAAAAAGAAUGCAUAUUCUGUUGUUGAGAUAAGGGGGGAAGAAAGACUGAAUGUUGCAUCAUGGAUGAGUAGGGGACUUAUUUCUCUGCCAUCGCCUGCCCUGCUGACCCAGGUCCUAAUACUGUUGUGAACCACAUCCAUGUGUGAGUAAUGAACUGAAAACCACUUACGUUGGGUAUGAGCGGAUUUUAAGUUAAUAUGUAAAUAUAUACAGUAUAUAUAUAUUAAAAUGAAUUUUAAGUAAGAAGAAACGACCAAACCAUUCAUUUAUAUGGAUGUAUGGAAAUCUUGUAUAUUUGUUUUGUAUAAAGAAAAGAUCUAUA